GUUUGCUCAGAGCUCUCACUGGUUCGUUGAACUAUUUUAGUGGUGAUCUUUUGGGGUUUAGUGUCAGGGGAUCAAGGCUGAGUUAAGUUCCGGUUGCUAAGCCGCAGUUUCUUUAUUGUUUCUACUAGCUUUACUUCUACCUCCUACGUAUGAGGAUGUGUUUCAGUAUGCAUAUUUUUCUUCUUUACUUACUCCUCCAAUGACCACUUCUUGACAAAUUUAUAUGAAUCACUGGGGUAAAGGAACUGGAACGAAAAACAUAUCAACGUGAAAUCUAAAAAAGCUACGCACCAAUAAGAGAAGAGGACCCCACAAAGCUGGGGGCCAUCAUUGACUAAAGAGGAAAGAUCGUCUGCUAAGUUUCAAGGCUUCGCCGCGUCACUUCAUGUCAAUCGCGGGUCGAGACCCCUGAUCCUCUACUAGUAAUUCAUUCAGUCAUUCCUUUUCUACCUGCUUUCCUUCCCCCUCCCCAUUCACUAAAUUUUAUUUCCUUUUCCCUUCCUUCCUUUCUCUUCUUUCUUUCUUAUAACUGUCAUGCCACCAAUCCACCCAGUUGUCAUCCCGUCUUUACCGGCGCGAUGACCUUAGCUAGUUGUUCUAGAUGGCGCCUGCGACCGAGUGGCCUUCUCUAUAUACUCUACGUUAUUGGAUUUCUAAGCGUCGCCUGCAUCGUCGCCAUCUGGUAUGGCGUUAAUUCCGACCGAGACUAUAUUCAUCCAAUCUUGACCCAAUUGAUCCCCGCCGGUCACUGUGCCUGUCAAACCUCAACCACCUUUCAGUGCUCCAGUUGUCUGUCGUGCUCCGAACAGACUCUCGUCCCACAGAUCUCCCCCGCUCCGAAGUGGGAGUUUAAUUCCGACCGCGAUGCGAGCAAUCACGGCCUUAGCAGACUUCAGUGCAAAGCUGCCUUCCCAGGUCUGUUCGAAGAUGUCUUCCGCGCCGAGACCUUUUGGCGGUCCCAAGGAGCUCUUGCGACCGAAGACCUAGAUCGGAUCCCCUUAGGAUUCGGCAUGGUCCGAGCAUUCAUUUCGAACGGCGAGCUGUACGUGGUGGCGGCGCGGGCAAAGCAAGAAGACCAUAGACGGAAGAUUGUCGCGGCGUUAAGCUCCAUCCACCGCGCACUGGUCGCCGACUCCGAUCGCGCCUCUCGGCGCAACAUUGAGUUCGUCUUCUCUGUGGAGGACAAGGUCGAGGAUGUCACUAGCUCUGACAACCCGGUGUGGGUGCUGGCGCGGUCUGCGGCCGAGCAGGGUGUCUGGCUGAUGCCCGAUUUCGGGUUCUGGGCGUGGGACAAUCCUCUGAACUCGAUUGGUCCUUUUGAUCAAGUCGUCGAACGCAUUAAAAGAGCCGAUAUCCCGUGGUCGGAAAAAGCUCCUCAGUUGGUCUGGCGCGGCAAACCUAGUUUUGCACCCAAACUGCGCCGUGCUUUGAUGGAUGCCGCGCGAGAUAAGCCGUGGGGGGACGUCAAGCAGGUGGAUUGGUUUGAGCGGACGAAUAUCAUGUCCAUGGAGGAUCAUUGCCGAUAUAUGUUCAUUGCGCACGUCGAAGGCCGAUCCUAUUCUGCGUCGCUUAAAUACCGCCAAGCGUGCAAUUCGGUGAUCGUGGCGCACAAGCUUCAGUAUAUUCAGCACCAUCACUAUCUCCUCAUCCCUGAUGGCCCGAAUCAGAAUUAUAUCGAGGUGGAGCGCGAUUUUAGUGACCUCGCGAGCAAGAUUGAGCCUCUCCUCGACGACCCCACCACGGCGCAACGAAUUGCGAACAAUAGCGUGCGCACGUUCCGUGAGCGCUAUCUGACCAAGGCCGCCGAAGCCUGCUACUGGCGGCAGCUUUUUGACGGAUACGGAAACGUCUGGAACAGCAGCGUCCCCGUUUGGUCCGACUUCUACCAGCGGGAACGCGGCCUCCGCUACGAAUCAUUCGUCUUAAUGGAUAGUCACAUGAUGUUUGAUUUUCGAGCGAUGGGCGGCAUGCAAUGAUGGAUUUUCGAACAAACAAACAAAAAAUAAUUUGAGCGAUCUACGCAUUCACGGAGUUUGGAGUUCCACGGGAUACCGGGGGAAAGGAGGGGGCGAUAUAUGAGAAAUUUUCACGAUACCAAUAGAGCGUGGCUUCUUUCCUAUUUACUUGAUGCUUUUCUUCUCAGAUAGAGAUGUACAGUUCUCAGUGGAGUUGUCAUUAUCAUAUACACCGCAACAAUAGUACUUGUGACAUACUCUGUAUCUCCUGCCUACUGAACGUCCCGCACGAACUCCUCCAACAGCCGGGGACUCCCCCCAACUAGGUCUCUCAGCUUCUUCCCAUCCCUGAACACGAUAAACGUCGGCAUCGCCACGAUCCCCAAUCCUGCGAGUUGCUCAUCCGAUAGCUUCCGCACGUCCAUCCGGUAGAAGGACUUCUCGGUCGUUGUGUGGGAUAUUUCCUCGAAGACAGAGAACAUAGGUCUGCAGGGUCCCGUCCAUCCGGCCGUGAAAUCGAUAACCGUCGAUUCCGGGGAUUGGAUUAUGGCUUGAAGAGCUGCGUAGGAGGUGAUUUCCCUGACGGCCAUUUUCUUUCCCUCUUAUUCUCAGUAUUAUACCUGUGACAUCGACGAAUCGCGCUGGUCGAGCGGGCUAGAAGAUCGCUCGAGCCAAA